UUAUCCACCUACAUGAAAGAGGCUUUUUUUGCUGACGCUUUCCUGCUGGGAGCUGAAUGCUGCUUGAAUCAUCCAUCCGGGGCGACGUGUGCUAAUAGAGACUCUCCUCAGGCUCCUCGCUGGUGGAACACAGACACUCCUGCGGUCCAGAGAGCUCCCUUGCGAUCACACCUUGAAGAUGCUUUUCCCUGAAGGCUUUCUCAAGCUCCGUGAUGGUUUCCAGGAAGGUGGUGGCUUCUCUGCUGGUGGUGUACGUGGCAGCCAUGCUGGCUGGGCAGACUGAAGGCUACCUAGCCUUCUUCACGCGCAGCGACAUCGAGAGGAUGCAGGAGAGGGAGAGGAACAAAGCGCAGAAGAAAUCCCUGAUGCUGCAGAAGCGAUCGGAAAGCGGAGACGUGACCGAGCUCUCGGCAGAGAGCGUGGCCGAGGGCGAGAUCGUCACGCUGACUGCCCCUGGAGAAACUAGCAUGCGGCACAGUGCUGGGCAGCUGGAGAAAUACCAACAUGUCCUGAAGGAGCUGCUAACUGAGAUGCUACUGGAUGCUCAAAAUGUUAACUGAUGUCCUCAGAACCAGAAGAGCAGAGCGAUGCUGCUUUCUAGACAAUAGGUUGACGCUUCUGUACACCUACAUCUGUAAAGCGUUUCAAAAGAGAAAAAAAAAAAUCUAAGGGGAACUAAUAAAACAUGCAGUUGAAUAAAAUAA